GGCAGUGACGGCGGCGCGCGGUGCACGCCGGGAGUUGUAGUCCGGCCCCACACGCGGCGCCGGCGGCGGCAACGGCACCGGGAGUGGUACCGGCGGCGGUGGCGGCAUGGCGGGGCUGGAGCUGGUGUCGGACGCGGGGUUCCGGGCGGACGGGCGGCGGCCGGACGAGCUGCGCAAGGUGCGGGCCCGGCUCGGGGUUCUGGCCCGGGCCGACGGCUCGGCCUACCUGGAGCAGGGCAACACCAAGGUGCUGGCGGCCGUGUACGGCCCGCACGAGGUGCGGGGGUCCCGAGCCAAGGCCCCCCCGGACCGGGCCCUGCUCAGUGUCCGCUGCAGCUCGGCCCCGUUCGCGGGGGGCGGCGAGCGGCGGCGCCGGCCGGGCCCGGGCGGGAGCGACCGCCGGGCGGGGGAGCGAGCGCUGCUGCUGCGGGGCGUGCUGGAGGGAGCCGUGCUGGGCCAGCUCUACCCGCGCUCCCAGAUCGAUGUGCACGUCCAGGUUCUCCAGGCUGAUGGAGGUGAGCUGGGGGCCAGUGUGAGCGCGGCCGGGCUGGCGCUGCUGGACGCGGGCGUGGCGCUGCGCGGGGCCGUGGUGGCCGGUUCAGCCGGGCUGGCCGAGCCCCCCGCCGGGCCCCCGGUGGCCCUGAGCGACCUGAGCGCGGCCGAGGAGGCGGCCGGGGGUCCCAGGCUGGCCGUGGCCACGGUGGCGGGCAGCGGGCAGCUGGCUCUGUGCCAGCUCAGCGCCCGGCUGCACCAGGAGCGGCUGCGGCCGGUGCUGGACGCUGCCCAGGCCGCCUGCCGGGGGCUGCACGCCGUGCUGGACAGUGUGGUCAGGGCCAGGCUGCGCCAGGACACGGCCAUGGAGCACUGAGUGACCACAGUGACCACCCCAGGACACGGCCAUGGAGCACUGAGUGACCACAGUGACCACCCCAGGACAUGGCCAUGCAGCACUGAGUGACCACAGUGACCACCCCAGGACAUGGCCAUGGAGCACUGAGUGACCACAGUGACCACCCCAGGACACUGCCAUGGAGCACUGAGUGACCACAGUGACCACCCCAGGACACGGCCAUGGAGCACUGACCAGCACAGUGACCACCCCAGGACGCUGCCAUGGAGCACUGAGUGACCACAGUGACCACCCCAGGACAUGGCCAUGGAGCACUGAGUGACCACAGUGACCACCAUGGGGACAUUGCUGUGGAGCACUGAGUGACCACAGUGACCACCCCGGGACGCUGCCAUGGAGCACUGA